CGCACGCAGCCUCCGUCCCAGCCCCUUCCCCGCCCUUUCUCUUCCCGGUUUGUGUCAGCCUGUGGGUCCUGUCUGCUGGCUGCUUCCGGUAGGAGCGCCUAGUAGGGCGAGCCGGUCUCAGCUCCUCGUCAUGUCCUACGGACCCUUAGACAUGUACCGGAAUCCGGGGCCUUCGGGGCCCCAGCUCCGGGACUUCAACAGCAUCAUCCAGACCUGCAGCGGCAAUAUCCAGCGGAUCAGCCAAGCCACCGCUCAGAUAAAGAAUUUGAUGAGCCAACUAGGAACGAAGCAGGACUCAAGCAAGCUACAAGAGAAUCUGCAACAGUUACAGCACUCCACAAACCAGCUCGCCAAGGAAACCAAUGAAUUGCUGAAGGAAUUAGGGUCCCUGCCCCUUCCCUUAUCUACUUCAGAGCAGCGUCAGCAGAAACUCCAGAAGGAGCGCCUCAUGAGUGACUUCUCCGCGGCCUUAAACAACUUCCAGGCUGUGCAGAGAAGGGUGUCAGAGAAGGAGAAGGAGAGCAUUGCCAGAGCGAGAGCCGGGUCGCGUCUUUCUGCAGAAGAGAGGCAAAGAGAGGAGCAGCUCGUCUCAUUUGACAGCCAUGAGGAGUGGAACCAGAUGCAGAGCCAGGAGGACGAGGCAGCCGUCACUGAGCAGGACCUGGAACUUAUCAAAGAGAGGGAAACGGCCAUUCGGCAGUUGGAGGCUGACAUUUUGGACGUCAAUCAAAUAUUUAAAGAUUUGGCUAUGAUGAUCCAUGACCAGGGUGAUCUGAUUGAUAGCAUAGAAGCCAAUGUGGAAAGCUCCGAAGUGCACGUGGAAAGAGGCGCUGAUCAGUUACAGCGAGCUGCUUACUAUCAGAAAAAAUCUCGCAAGAAGAUGUGUAUCCUGAUGCUUGUCCUGUCAGUGAUGAUUGCAGUCUUGGGACUUGUUAUCUGGCUAGUUUCUAAAUGAAGUGUGAUUGCCUCAGAGCCUUCUCCUGCUGAGUUGUUUUCAAGGGCAAGUGCUUGUUGGAGUCCUCUUGCCAGAACAAACUGAUCACGAGAAGAGAGCGUACAUCAGAACAUCCUGUAAUAAUUUAGUUAGAAACUAACUACUAACUAGUCCUUGGAAUUAGUGACCUAUGAAGACAGUAUUUAUCAAUUUGUGUAUACAUUUUAUUGAUUUCUCAAAUUAGGAAUUAAUUUAUGUCGACUUUGCUUUCUCUUAUAUUUUGAUUGACCUUUGUCCCAAGCAUUGGCUGAAAAUUCCAUUAUAGAUAUUCUUCUUGAUAGAUGACACUACACUCUCAUAAUGUUGUCUUUUUAUGUGUAUACAAAAUUCACCUUUUUACUAGUAACAGAUUAUUUUCUGGCACGCAGCAUACUGAAGUCUGCCACAAACUGUAUAAUAAGCCAGCAGUUUUUAUUAUUUAACAAUUUACUUUGAAUUUCUAAGAAGUCUGUUCUUUGUUUUGCAAGAUUUUGACAUUAUAUUUAACUGGAAAGUAAAAGAAUUACACAUGUGAUUGAGAUUAAAUGAGAAAUACCUAUUUGAGUUUAUCAGUUGCUGGGGUAUGUGUCAAUCUGAGUUUAAAGUUUACUUUAUUAUCUGCUCGUGUUGUCCACAGCAGUUUAACCUUAUACACACUAAGUAAGAGCUCCCUUUUUAAAAGAGAUUAAUUUCAUUAAUAUUCCUGUAGGGGUCCCACUCCCACCUGUCUGCAUAGAAAAGGAGAAUUAGACAUAGCAUGCUUUUGGAAAGCAAAUAAUUGUUUGGAAUGAUUUAAUCUUUUCGUUGUUGUUGUUGUUCUUCGCUUGUGGCUCUACAUUCCUGGUGAGUGAUGAACGUAGCCAUCAAAAGGCUGUCUGUCCUCUACCCUAUAGGGUGUUUGAUGGCAGGAAGAUUAAGUUCGACUGAAGUUGAGUUUAAAACCCAGCCCAGUGAGCCUGAUGAUAAAGUCAAGAAAAGGCUCACUGUUGUAAAUAAGACUGGUUUGGAAUAGUGGUGUUAGACCCAUCCUAACUUACGAACAAGAGAUUAAUCUCUCCAUGAAUAGUUUUAGACAAAAAAGGUUUCAAUAAAAGAUUGCUGUCUUGUCAUAUAAAUGUUGUCCACUUCACUUUUUCACAGGCCUAGAACAGUUAAAGGGAACUUUUACGUGGGCUAUCACAAAGUACGAACUGGGCCAAAAAUUUUAGUUCAUACUUUAGUGAAUUAGAGGAUUUGGCUGCUUUAGGUACAUUGAUAUUCAUUUCUUCUACUUCCCUUAAUGUUUCUUAAUCUUCUUGUAAAAGCUAAUGUGAACAGUAGGGAAACAAGGGCCCAAAUGCAUAAGUUUCUUUGCACUUUUGCACCAUUCCACCUACUUAAUACAAAUAAACAGUUGAAAAGC